AUGUCAGCGGAUCGGAAUUUGGGAUACGCAAUAUGCCUUCUGGCAUUAGUCACCAAAGGUUCACCGGGCUCCGAAGAAGCAGCACAGUUCACGCAAGCAAUCGAUAGCGAUGCGAACUCACCUCAUGACUCCGUCGACGAUGAUUCAGACGAUCUAGAUGAUUUAGCAAUGCUAAGUCCCGAUGCAGACCCGGAAGAUAAUCUCACAGAAAUGGGGAAUCAAUUUCUUGACCGGCUUGCAGAGAUACUAGCUCGGUUCAAAGCCAAACCCGGCACCAAGUCAAAGCAGAAUGUGAAUGCGAAACAUGUCUGCGCAACUAUGAUGGUCCGUUAUAAGACGGAGAAUUGUGUCAAGAUAUUUUGUGCCAAGAACGAGGGGCUUGAUCGGGAAGAUGAACUAUUUUUAGAGGAUUGGAGGUCCCUCAUGGAAGAUGUUUCAAGAAAAGGUUCGUUUCAGAUCCCAUCAAGUAUUUUAUCAUAA